AGCAAAGAGAAGAAACAGAGUGUCCCGAGCAGAAAAAAGAAGAAGAAAAAAUGAUAUCAUCAUCAACAUUAGGCUGUGUGUUAUCAUCAUCAUCAUCAACUUCAAUUGUAAAUGCACGAUCUACCACUUUCUCUCUCCUCAACUGCACCCGAACAACAGAUCCAUCAUCAUCAUCAUCGCUCUCUUUCUCUCACCCUCGCACCUUCAAUCCCCUAUGCCUCAGAUCCUUCACUCGUCAUUACGGAAUCAAAAUCGCCCACAACCCCAAAACUAGCACCAACGGAUUUCGUUUGUUUUCUUCUUAUGCUCCUUAUCCUUUCACUACUCCUAAUAUUCAGUGGCUCUCUACUGUCUCUUCUCUGGUUUUGAUACUGGCAAAGGGCACUGCUGUACCAAAAUCAUUUAUUGUUCCAUUAUUUGCUUUGCAAGCCCCUGCACCUGUUUUUUCCUGGAUACAAGGUAGAUAUGGUGUGUGGUCAGCAUUCUUGGCACUUCUCGUCCGUCUCUUCUUUCAUAUUCCAGGUGAACUUGAGUUGCCAUUUAUAGCGUUUCUCUUGGUGAUUGUAGCUCCUCACGAGGCUGUGAGAUUAAGGGACACAAAAGAAGGUGCCGUGAUUUCUUUAUUGAUUGCGGUGUAUUUGGCUUUCCAACAUUUCUCAAGAACAAGCUUGGAGAAAUCAUUUGACCAAGGUUCAGUUGUUUCCACCUUAGCAGUCAUCGGUAUCACUGUCGCAUCCUUGUUGCUUCUUAUCUGAGUUGGCUUCGAAAGUAUUUACGCUAAUAGCAUAUUGUAAAUAAGAACAAUACAUAUUGGAAUGUUGAUAUUAUUUGGUCGUGUACUAAUAGUAUUAUGUAAAAUGUUAGAUACUCAAUUGUUUACUUUUUACUUAAAUAAUGGAGUUAAAUCGGUAUUUGUAUUAGAAAUAUGUAUUUAGUUCGUGAUAUUCUGUAUAUAUUAUAAAGUGAGUGACUGAAGCUAGCUUUUGGCCCUAGAUUGUUAUGAUAAAGAACUCCACAUCUAACAUAAGGGUUCUUUGCUUUUGUUGUGUAGAUUGCAAUGAACAUAAGUAUAAAAUGUUGUUCUUAAAUUUUGUUUCA